ACACUAGAGGAACUGUAGGGUGUCUCACCACACAAUGGAAAAGGUAGAUAUAGGAUUUGUGGGAAAGGUGGAGUUCAGGUAAAAUCUAAAUGAAACAGUUUUGAUAGUCUCAAAGCAAAGCAGAGCGGUGUAAAGAGGCAUCAACAUCACAUCUGGAGUGAAGUGGGUGUAGGGUCAUGUUCCCUUGGAAACCACAAAGUUAAGAGAAUAAGUAAUGUUCUUUUCAGGAACCCCUUGUCUGCAGCUCUGCACCUGAUUAGAAAUAGAAGCUGCUUCUCUGUGUCAAAGUGUCUUAGAUCCUCCAGGCAAGAGUGGAAUGUUUCAUUCUUACUGAUAAAAUUUCAAAUAGCAACGUUUACAUGGACUUUAAAGAACAAGGUUUCUCCGUUUAAGAAUGUAGUACUCAUCCAAAGACGCGGGUUGUUAUGAUACUUUUUAGUUGCAGUUUGUCCUUAAAAGAAACUGCUUCCUGUAAACGUUACAACUGGCUUUAUCUUAUACUGUUACCCAUCCUGAUGAAUGGCUGGGCAGAUUUUUACUUUCUCAGCAGUUACAAAUGAAAAAUACGACUCGAUCUCUCAAACCACAGCUAAUCCUCCUCUCAGGGCCUUGCUGAAGUUAUGGGUUUGCCUGACGAACUUUCUUUCCUCUCAUUUUGGACCUCAAGCCUCCCCUGAUGAACGAGACCCUACACCACGGUCUUCAGCGCCUUUCUUCACAUAACCUUUCAAUCAUCCUGCCUUCCCAGGCCACGCUCAGUGCGUGGGGGGCGGUCCCACUCUUCUCAAAUCCUAUUGGGUAAAAUCCACGCCUCUCUUCGCAUUGGGGGCGGGACAAGAGAGAAAGGGCCUUUCCCAGGCGCGAGAAGAUGACGUCACAGUAGCGGACCCGCGACCUCCGGUUGCUUUGGGCUCUGCUAGCUGAGGGUGUGGACUGAAAACAGUUCCGUCCGCGAUGCCGUCGCCAUGACCAUUUGUCAGUUCUUCCUUCAAGGCCGGUGUCGCUUCGGAGAUCGGUGCUGGAACGAACAUCCCGGCGCCGGGGGUUUGGGCGAAGGACGGCAGCAGCAGCUCUCAGGUAGUAACAGACGAGGAUGGAAUACCACCAGCCAGAGAUAUUCCAGUGUUAUCCAGCCAUCCAGUUUCUCCAAAUCCACACCAUGGGGGGGCAGCAGAGAUCAAGAAAAGCCAUCUUUUGCUUCUUUUGAUUCUGGAGCGUCAGCUAGCAGGAACAGUGGGUUUGGAUUGUCUCAGAACCCAUUUGCUUCACCUAACUCUGAUGGGCAGAAAGAUGAAAAGAAACUUCUGGAAGGAAUUGUGAAAGAUAUGGAGGUUUGGGAAUCAUCAGGGCAGUGGAUGUUUUCUGUUUAUUCACCAGUGAAAAAGAAACCUAAUAUUUCAGGUUUUACAGAUAUUUCACCAGAGGAGUUGAGACUUGAAUACCAUAACUUCUUAACAAGCAAUAACUUACAGAGUUAUCUACAUUCUAUCCAACAGUUAAUAAAUCAGUGGAGGAACAGGGUAAAUGAACUGAAAAGUCUAAAUACAUCAACUACAAUAGCUUUGCUCUCUGAUAUAAAGGGUGGAGUAAAUCAAGCAGCACCUGCGUUUGGAUUUGGCAGUAGGCCAUCAGUAACAUUUGGGUCACCAGGUUUUCCAGUGAAUAACAACAGCAGCAUUAAUGCUCAGAAUUUUAGUUUUAAACCAAGCUCUGGAUUUGCUACUGCCCCUUCUGGAAACCCUUCUGUGUUUGGGAAUACUCCAGCAUUUGGAGCUGUACCCUCCGCCAAUUCUGCCAUCACUGCUUCUACUCCAGCUUUUGGACUUGGGAAACCCCAAAUCACAUCUGCUGCUUCAUUUUCAUUUAAAAGCCCUGCAGCUUCUGGUUUUGGAUCAUCCGGGUUUUCAGCAUUUCCAGCUCCUAUGGCAGUAGGCCCUGUUGGAGCUCCAGAGGCCCCAGCCUUUGGAAGCGGCAGUUCUUCGGCUCGUUUUGGUAGUCUAGGCUCACAGUCUCACACUGCUUUUUCCAAGUCAUCCAGUGGCACCUUUGGAAACAGCAGCAUAUCCACUUCUCUCUCAUUCUCAAAUGGCAGCACCACAACAGAUAAUGUAUUAUUCACACCCAAAGAUCAACUAACAGCAGAAGAACUGGAACAAUUUCAAUCCAAGAAAUUUACUCUGGGAAAAAUUCCAUUAAAGCCACCUCCUGUGGAACUUCUAAAUAUUUAAACGAGUAAUUUUAAAUACAGAAAAGAACAGCUUUUAAAAUUGUUUUGAGUGGUUCAUAUGAAAGGACAGAUAUAUAUAUAUAUGCACAUACAUAUAUAUUAUAUAUAUAUACAUAUAUAUUUAUAAGAAGUAUAAACUUUCAAUAAUAGGAGUUUUUAAAUUUAGCAUUUUCUUCUUGAGCAUAACUAUUUAAGUAAAACAUAACAAAAACUCAGCAGCGGAUUUUUUUUUUUUUUUUUUUUUUGCUGUAAUUAUGAAUGGAACUGAAAAAACUGUCAGGGUGCACUGAAUAAAGUACUUUUCUUAUUCUACAUCA